AUCAUUGCAACAGCCCUGCUGGUGGCCACCUGCUCUGCCUCAUAUCAUGGCGCCGUUUCAACACAAUAUGCCAGCUUGGAUCCCCACAGUCAUUCGUAUUCGUACGGUUAUGCCGAUCCAAAUUCGCAAAAACACGAAACACGUUCACAUGAUGGCGUGACGCAUGGUUCGUAUUCGUAUGUGGAUGGUCAUGGUCAUGUCCAAUCGGUCCAUUAUACCGCUGAUCCUCAUACUGGUUUCCAUGCCACCGGUACCAAUUUGCCCAAGGGUCCAGCUCCAGCUCCCGCCUUGGCCCAUGCCGCUGCCUAUGAUGGUGGUCACUAUGCUGCCGGACAUGCCUAUUAUGGACCCUUGGCCCACAUCACAUUGACUCAUGAAGGUGUACCCCAUGAUACCCCCGAAGUUGCCCAUGCCAAGGCUGCCCAUGCUGCUGCUUAUGCUGCGGCCGCCGCUGCUGCUGCCCACAGUGGUGAUGGUGGGCAUCAUUUGUACAAACGUUCAUUGUGGGGAGGUCAUGCCGGUUAUGCCCACGUUGCUGCUCCCGUUGUCCUCACACAUGGUGGUGUUCCCGUAGAUACUCCCGAUGUACAAGCCGCCAAAGCUGCCCACUAUGCCGCUCAUGCCAAAGCCCUGGGUGCUGCUGGCCAUGGUCAUGGUGCUCCCUUAGACACUCCUGAAGUUUCCCACGCCAAGGCUGCUCACUUUGCUGCCCAUGCUGCCGCUCGUGCUGGUCUGCCCGGACCUGCUAGUCAUGCCGUUGCUGCCCAUGGUUAUCACGUUCCCGUUAUCCACAAUGGUGUGCCCGUCGAAACACCCGAAGUACAACAUGCCAAGGCUGCCCAUUUCGCUGCUGUUGCUAAGGCCGCUGCCACCGCUGGUCCCUCCGAUCAUGGUGAUGAUGGUCGCUAUGAUGGCCGUUGGGAUGGUGAUCUUUCGGGAGGUCAUGGUGGUGCUCCCUCACACUAUGCCACAUCUGCCCACCACACACCAUCUGGUCCCUACCACGGUCCCCUGCACAUUCCCGUCAUUCACAAUGGUGUGCCGGUAGAACCCGCAGAGGUACAACAUGCCCGUGCUGCCCAUUUGAAUGCCUUGGCUGCCGAAAGCCAUAACUCUGUCGGCCAUGGUUAUUAUGGUAAAUGGUAAGAAGAGGG